AUGACUGGGAAAACAUCCACCAAGAUUGGCCAUGCUCUGGCGGCCGCUCUGAGGAUUGACCUGGGAUCGGAAAUAUACUCUGCAUCCGGCAAUGGUCGUCAUGGCUACAUUGAGCCCGAUCCGACGACCGGAGAAUGGAUCAAGGCACACACCCCAACAACGAGACAAGUUGGGCGCUACUUUUAUAACAUCUUCCCUUUUCUUCACUGGAUCGGGUACUAUAACUUGCAAUGGUUCAUUGGUGAUCUGAUUGCAGGUGUGACUGUCGGCGCUGUUGUGAUUCCCCAGGGCAUGGCCUACGCCGAGUUAGCCAAUUUGCCCGCCGAGUAUGGACUCUACUCCUCGUUCAUGGGUGUCCUAAUCUACUGGUUCUUUGCAACUUCCAAAGAUAUCACGAUCGGACCCGUCGCCGUCAUGUCCACUCUCGUCGGUACGAUCAUUAUCAAAACUCAAAAGGAACACCCCGGUCUCUCAGCCCCCGACAUUGCUUCCGCGCUCGCAAUCAUAUGUGGCGCCAUCGUGGCCGCACUUGGAUUUCUCCGUCUUGGAUUCAUCGUCGACUUCAUUCCCUUGCCCGCGAUUAUGGCAUUUAUGACUGGGUCUGCGAUCAAUAUCGUCGCUGGUCAAGUUCCAACUCUCCUUGGUGAAACUGCAAAAUUCUCAACACGUGGAGCCACCUACGAGGUGAUCAUCAAUACACUGAAAUAUCUGCCCACGGCCCAAAUGGAUGCUGCCAUGGGCAUGACUGCCCUCGGCCUACUUUAUGCGAUUCGCUGGGGAGCCAAGACAUUCUUCUUUAUCUCAACUCUCCGAACUGCCUUUGUGAUCCUCUUCUAUGUCAUGAUCAGCGCUGCUGUCAACCUCCACCGUCGCCAUCAUCCCGCCUUUAAGAUCCUCGGAACCGUGCCCAGAGGCUUUAAGCACGCGCACGUCCCCAGGCUCGACAAGGAGAUCAUUAGUUCCUUCGCUAGCGAGCUUCCCGCCGCUGUCAUCGUUCUCUUGAUCGAGCAUAUCGCCAUUUCCAAGUCAUUUGGCCGAGUCAACAACUACACAAUCGACCCAUCUCAAGAGUUCAUUGCUAUUGGCAUCACGAACCUCCUGGGACCUUUCUUGGGAGCAUAUCCUGCUACUGGGUCUUUCUCUCGCACUGCGAUCAAAUCCAAAUCGGGUGUCCGUACUCCUCUUGCCGGUGUCAUCACUGCGAUCGUGGUUCUUCUGGCGAUCUAUGCCCUCCCAGCCGUCUUCUUUUACAUUCCAAAGUCAUCACUAUCGGCUGUAAUCAUCCACGCCGUCGGCGACCUCGUCACUCCACCAAACACGACUUACCAGUUCUGGCGCGUGUCUCCGAUCGAUGCCAUCAUCUUCCUGAUGGGCGUGAUCGUCAUCAUCUUUUCCACCAUCGAGAUCGGGAUCUACUGCACCAUCUGCGUCUCGGUCGCAGUCCUCCUCUUUCGACUCGCUAAAGCCCGAGGCCAAUUCCUUGGUGCUGCUAGAAUACACUCCGUCGUCGGCGACCAUGUCUUUGACGAUUCAGCCACUAUCACAAACGCCAAACUUGAAAGCGACCGAACAGUCUAUCUCCCCAUUUCGCGAGAAGACGGCCACAACCCUGAAGUCAAGAUCGAACAGCCAUCCCCGGGCAUCUUCAUCUUCCGCCUUUCAGAGGGCCUGAACUACCCCAACGCAAACCACUACACAGACUACCUCGUCAAGCAUAUCUUCGAAACAACCCGUCCCUCAGACGAGAAACCAAACACUAGCAUCGGCGAUCGACCCUGGAAUGACCCGGGCCCGAAAGCCAAGGACGAAGCCGCGAUCCUCGCCCGCCCAACUCUCCGAGCCGUCAUCCUGGACUUUUCAUCCGUCAACAACGUCGACGUCACCUGCGUCCAGACCCUCAUCGACGUGCGCAACCAACUGGACCGCUACGCCGCACCUCACCGCGUACAAUGGCACUUCGCGCACAUCCACAACCGCUGGACCAAGCGCGCACUCGCAGCCGCUGGCUUCGGAUACCCCACACCCGAAUAUCUCGCAACAACACACAAGUGGAAGCCCAUCUUCAGUGUCGCAGCCCUCCACGAUGACCCCUUCACAGUCGCGAACAAAAGGAGGUCAGAAGAGCUGGCCCGAGAUGUCGAGACAGGGUUCCAGAAAGAAGCUGCUGCACAGUCCACGGAGAGCGAGAUUGAGCCUGCAGAUGAACUGUCUUCGGAAAUACGCCGGGCCAGUGCUGGUUCUAGGUCGGAUACGAAGAAGGCUAUUGUGGAAGGUGUUAAUCGGCCUUUCUUCCAUGUUGAUUUGACGACUGCGCUUCAUAGUGCGAUGGCGGGGUCGGGGGAGUAUUAG